UGAACCAUCUGGUCAGACAAUUCCACGGUGCUUCACAUGCACUGGAAGCCAUGUGUGUGGGCCUCUAAUGGAGGACAGAAGCAUCCGGAUGGUUCAAACCAAACAGCCGCCUGACGUUGUCCCAGCUCCUCACAAGUCUGAGGAUGUUGACUAGUCAGCCAAGCACAGACCUGUCGGCUUUCAGGCAGCUCCUCUCCCAGUCCAAGGACAUUGUCAUCAUCACCGGACCUGGUCUGAGCUCGGACAAUGAGACGCCAUCCUUCGCUGGGUUCUGGAGGAAAUGGCAGGCUCAGGACCUCGCCAACCCGCACGCCUUCGCGAAGAACCCCUCGCGCAUCUGGGAGUUCUACCACCACCGUCGACAGGCGGUUCUCACGGCCGACCCGAAUCCCUGCUACCAGGCCAUCGCCCAGUGUGAGGAGGUUUUGAGCAAGCAGGAGCGGAAGGUCACCGUUAUCACGGAGAAUGUGGACGAGUUGCACCGCAGGGCUGGAUCCCAGAACCUUCUGGAGAUGCACGGAAGCUUGUUCCGGACACGGUGUUUGGAGUGCUACUACGAAGAAGACAACUACAACAACCCCAUCUGUCCUGCACUGGAGGGAAAAGGACUUCCAGAUCGAAACACGGAGGAUGCUUUGAUCCUGGAGGAAGACCUGCCCAGGUGUGAUCACCUGGGCUGUAACGGACUGCUGAGGCCCGCGGUCGUUUGGACCGGAGAACCUCUGGACCACGACUUACUGAGAUGUGCCAACGACGUGCUGAACAACUGUGACCUCUGCUUGGUGGCGGGAAUAUCCUCCACCAUGUUUCCAGUGGCCAUGUUUGCACAUCAGGUGGUGGACCGAGGCAUCCCUGUCGCAGAGUUCAACCUGGAGCCCACACUAGUGACCAUGUCCUGCAGGUUCCACUUCCAGGGCCCGUGUGCUGAAAUCCUGCCUUUCGCCCUCUGCUGCCACAAAAUCUAAGGACCAACCAGAUAGCCCACAUCCCACACUUGUUUUGAGGUUUUAUGAGCUGGAGCGACUCAUGGCCACCACAACACUCGAGGGCCCAGUUGCCCAGUGCUUUGCUACAUACAAGAAACAUGUAUCUAGAAGGAUCUAGAAGAGUACACUGAGAUAGCUUGACAGACAUGUUUUCCGAAUAUAUCUUUCUACCUUAUCCAGACACCAACACAUCCUUGUUCCAGAAUCUUUUGCUUCCCAGUGAGAUGCAGAUGUCAUGUGCCUCAGCUGUGGCACUUCCUGGCGGCAUAAAGAGCACUUCACCGGAAAGUCCGAGGGGUUGGUUGCACCUUUAGGGUGAUCAUGCCGCUUGGUAUGGGAUGUUAAUGCCUCAUUUUUGGCAAGUAUAUAUAUCAUGUAUCACCACAAGCACAGUAGCAAGGAGCGCUUACAAUGACAACCCGCACCACCUCAUUCGAGCCCACCUCUGCUUGACCCUCAGGAAAUGCAGAGUAAGCGGAAACAUCCAAUUGCAACAUCUAUGAGUCGACCAGGAAGGUUUACGUCUCAUGGGCUUUGUUGGAUGGAAAAGUCCACUUGACAAGCCUUGAAGUGUAACACCUCAGAAUAUGUUGCAAGACACCUGGACUCCUCCACCUGGAGUUUAUAUCUUCUCCAUCCUACGCGAGACAUUCCACCCUCUGACACCCAUGGUCGAGGAGCUCCAGUCUGAAUGGGCCAAACCCUUUCCUUCCUGGCUAAACCUGGAGUACGGCACCUCAUACUCCUGGAGGCACGUCCUGCAAGAUACCCUUUGGAUCGCAGAGAGAGGGUGAGCUCACAAGUACCAAAACAGAAAUGUGUUUUCUCAAUUUGGACUGAUGAAAAUGGGCAGUUGUGAGGCUACGUAGCUUAAUAAAACCAUCAUAAGUGAAGAGUCAAACUCUCAGUCAUGAUCCCAGGUCAUUACACAUGGAUUAGGUAAAGUCCGUGGCACUGGUGGACUCUGCCCUGUGGCUGGUUGAUCAUUCGUCUGUGGGGCUCAUUUUUGGCUGGACAUCAUGGACGCAGGCCUGAUUCCUGCUCUCAGGUGCCCGUCCCCAUUCUGGGAAUCGUUGUCCUCCAGCCAAGAUGACUCCUCUGUUAUACUAGAGUUGUUACUGAAUCCAGUCUUCCAUCCGUCUUAUUUCAAUGCGCAAGGCAUCAUGGCUCAUGAACCAACAUUGUUUACUUCUCCUGCUACUUUACGUCUGGUGUCCCAUGGUGAUGGCCUUGUCCACUCGGACCUGAUGCUCAGGUCCCACAGAAGCAUGGCCAAGGUGUUUUCCAUGUCAGUCCUGUCCACUCCAUGGGAAAGUUGUUGCCACUUGUUGACUCUUAAUCUAUUGUUUCAUAAUUAUUGGUAGUGGUGGUAGUAGUAGUUGUAUUUGUCGUGGUAAUACUACCCUUUCAUUUUCGAGAAAUGCAGACCGUCUGAGGUGUUUGGGGGUUGAGUGGCUGUGUAGCUGGACAGACCGACAGAGGGCGGUGUGGUGUUGCUUGUGAAAGACGAGACGCACGCUGGCGCCUUCCCCAGUCUCUUCCUGUGAAACACUGACUGCGUGAGUUGGUAACAUGAACCAGCACAUCUCAUUUCACAUCGCAGUCUCGAGGACGAACGUCAGAUACAAUUGUGUUUUCCUGUCAGUCGGCCACGUUUCCUUUUUUUUUUUUUUUUCUUUCCAUUUUUUUUUCUUUUGGUUUUUCAUUGAUUACAUUUUUUUUAUUUACAUUAUCUGUCAGGAACAACGGUUUGCGUUCCCAAUAGCGUUAACAUGAUGACCAACUGUUCUUUGAUUAAUAAUAAUCUUUUUAUUUUCUUGAAUAUUUCCUGCAUUUUCUCCACCCACCCCCGAUUCCUCAGCCCUUUCUGUCUCACAGUGUUUUCCUUUGACUAAUCAUUUAUUAGGUUUCAAUUGUUUUUCAAUUUUCAAAUGAGUAUCGACAUUUCGUCUUGUGAUUUCAGUUUGAUGUUUCUUUCCAUUGCUUUAUUUCCAUUUUGUGUAUGAACCUUUACAAUAAAUAUCGACAGAAUUUUUGUCGUAUCUCACUGUCAUAAAUGAUUUUGUGCUCGAUGCAUGACAUCAUUUGGUACGUGCUUAUCCUUGGUUUCGUAAAUCUUUUCGUAAAUGUUUGCAGGAGCUGUGACUCCUGUGACUCAGGUGUCCAGCUUGUGUCAAGUGUCUUCUCCUCUGCUGAUUCUCUUUCAUCGCCCACUCAUGGCGGAGCGGCUGAUGGUCCGACUGUCCCUCGUGUCUCUGCUCCAAAAAUAACAACCAAUUUCCCGCCUGUUAGCCGGUGAUUUCACACCAAUCUCUGCGGUUCUACCCAGCUCACGCGCUGAAACCAGAGAGGGCUGAGCGAAUGUAGGUCAAAGCGUGAAUGUGCCUCAAAGGUCUUCCCUCUGGACUCAUCUGCUGCUUAUUGUUUACACAAAAUGGCCGUUUUGGCAAUGCUCACCAUUCAUUUGCUCCUUCUGUACGAGGGCGAAGCCUGACUGGACCUUCAAAUACAGGGAGAUCUCGCCUAACCAUAGUGUCCGAGCGCUGUUUUCGUGGAUGUUCAAGUGGUAAACGGGAACUGCGGAGCUUUGACCGCGACCAAAUUCGAUGGAUAUUGGCUAUUCAACAGACAUCCGCUCCACCACAGACGCUGUCUGUUGGUCUGUGUCCCUGGAAAGCCCUCGCUCUCUCACCAGCAGCGCUAAAUUGAAUUUAGGGGACCAUCCACAAAUUCUCAGUCGUGAAAUGAUCAACGACGUCAGUGAAAACUUUUCCACUAUUUCGUCAAUGGGAAAAGUGUUCAAAUGAGUUCAAACUGAUCGUAAACAGUCAGGAAACAUGAGACACAUUGGAG